GGGUCCGUGCUACAAAGUCUACCGUAACCUUGCUUCCGCAAGAAGGGAGAGCUUGCAGGCAGGCCGAGUCAUGGAUUGAUGUCAGAGAAGGUUUUGUUUUUAAGAUUUGUACUUUUGAGACCUCUUGUUGUGCCUGGCGGGGUGGAGCUGCCUGGCCCCGAUGGCUCUGAACAGCAGACGGGACGCCCCCGAACCGCCUGACUUCUCACACCUCAAGAGGCUGGCACGGGAUCAGCUGAUUUACCUGCUGGAACAGUUACCCGGGAAGAAGGACUUAUUUAUUGAAGCAGAUUUGAUGAGCCCCCUGGAUCGGAUCGCCAAUGUCUCCACCCUGAAGCAACAUGAAGUGGAUAAACUGUACAAACUGGAGAACAAGCCUAUUGUUAGCACCUGUGACCAGCUGUGCUUUCUGAUCCGGCCCCGAAUACACAGUGUGAAGUGGAUUGCCAAUAUUGUAAACACAGACAAAGCAGCUGGGAGAUUUAGAAGAUACAAGCUCAUCUUUAGCCCACAGAAGUUCUACGCCUGCGAGACGAUUCUGGAGGAGCAGGGGAUCUAUGGAGAUGUGAGCUGUGACGAGUGGGAGUUUUAUCUCUUGCCACUGGAUGAUGACCUCAUCAGUCUAGAGUUGCCUGAGUUCUUCAGAGACUACUUUCUGGAGGGAGACCAGCGCUGGGUGUCCACAGCAGGCAAAGCCCUGCACCUCCUGCACUCAGUUUACGGGCCCUUCUCAAAGAUCUAUGGGAUCGGCAGGUGUGCCAAGAUGACCUAUGAGACGUGGCGGGAGCUUGUGGAGGAUGGGGAGCAGAGACCCCGGCAGCCUGAGGUUGGGAAUGUCUUCCUCAUUGACAGAGAUGUGGAUUUUGUGACUUCGCUCUGCUCCCAGGUUGUGUAUGAAGGACUCGUUGAUGAUAUUUUCAGGAUUAAAUGUGGAUGCGUUGAGUUUGGUCCUGAGGUCACUUCUUCUGACAAGAGUUUGAAAGUCAUGCUGAACUCCAGUGAUAAGGUCUUCAAUGAGAUCCGGAAUGAACAUUUCUCCAACGUCUUUGGGUUCCUGAGUCAGAAAGCCAAAAGCCUGCAGACCGCCUACGAUAAGCGCCGUGGAAUGGAUAUCCAACAGAUGAAGACGUUUGUCUCUCAGGAGCUGAAAGGGUUAAAACAGGAUCACCGUCUGCUGAGUCUGCAUAUCAGUGCCUGCGAGUCCAUCAUGAAGAAAAAAACCAAGCAGGACUUUCAGGAGCUAUUGAAAACCGAACACUGUCUGCUGGAAGGGUUCAAUAUCCGAGAGAGCAUCAGCUACAUAGAGGAGCACAUCAACCGACAGGUUUCUUUGACCGAGAGCCUGCGGCUGCUGUGCCUCCUGUCCCUCACGGAGAAUGGUUUAAUUCCUAAAGAUUAUCGAAGCCUGAAAGCUCAGUACCUGCAGAGCUAUGGCACAGAGCACCUCCUCACCUUUGCAAACCUGCGAAAGUUGGGCCUGUUGGUGGAGCAGCAGCCUGGAGACACCAUCACCGCCAUGGAGAACAAAGUGGGCAAACUCGUCACCGACAAGGCUGUAGGGAAGUUAACAGAUGCCUUUAACUCUUUGGCGAAGAAAAGCAAUUUCCGAGCACUGAGCAAAAAGUUGGUUCUGAUCCCCAAGGUAGACGGAGAGUACGACCUGUGCACCCCGCGAGACAUGGCCUACAUCUUCAGCGGUGCCUACGUGCCUCUGAGCUGUAAGCUGGUGGAGCAGGUUCUUGAUCGCGGAUGGACUGGACUCGAAGAGGUGACUCGCCUGCUCAAUGGGAAUGAGUUUGCAGUCACAGCAGGUGGCAGUGGUGGCGAGAUGAAAACCAAGCACGAUUCCCAGCGGCUCGUCUUCGUCGUGUUCCUGGGCGGCUGCACCUUCUCUGAAAUUUCAGCCCUGAGAUUCCUGGGGAGAGAGAGAGGCUACAAAUUCAUCAUCGUGACAACAGCCAUCACCAACAGUGCCAGGCUGCUGGAGUCCGUGCUGGACAGUCGGGUGUGACCCUGGGAGUUUCCUGGGACAGGGUUGAUGUAGUAUGGUCCCUUCCUACUGAAUGUGAAAAGGGGGCCCAUGAAGCUGGCUGCAGGAGUGCACACCAGGAUGCAAGUCUGUAUUGUGCCAAACUGUACAGGAGGAGGAAAAUAGCUAAUGUGUAUUCCUCUGCUUUGUGACCUUUCUGCCAAAAUCGGACCUAGCUCAAAGUUAUUGUUAGCCAAAUGUGUGACUGUAAAUAUCUCAGCCAGUGGUAAAAGACUAUCAGCUCACCUAUGUUAGAGAAUCUUGUUUUUGCGCAGAAGUUGGAAGUGUGUGACCUUUUUACUAUACAAAACACAGUAAUUUCAACUAACUGCUUGUUUCACAGACCCACACUAAUGUUAGUCUACCUUUCAUAAGAUCAGGUAAGAUUUCCACAUACUGUUAACAGACGGGUUUGCCAGUGCCAAAUCCACCUGGGACUGUUCCCAUCAAAAACAAGAAUCAACCCACUUGAGCUGAAGAAACUAGAGGCGUUCCGAUAUUCUCUUAAGCUUAACUGGGAUCUUCACAGAGGGUAAGUGAAUGCACUGUACAGACCACAGACUGAGAACCCGUUCUCUCCAGUGCAACCUUAAAAAGAAGGGCUUACGUUUUCAAAUCCCAUUUUAAAACCGUUUUUUACACAUUUAAAGAUUCUGCUGUUCUAGUUGUUGUCUUGUAAGUCUAUGCUGGAAAUACCUCUGCAGAUGGUUCCUGUAAAACUUUGAGUUUAACACUGUUUGGCACGUGGUCAUGACUCCUGCAGGAGCAAUCAACCAACAAAUAAGAAUUGAAGGUCAAGCAAGCAGCACUCAGUCACAAAAAUACUUUUUCUUCUUGAGUAAGUCAGGCUCUUUUAUGCCUAGCAGCAUUAGUUACCCCAAAAAAUUCAUUUAUUGGUGUGGGAAAAAUUAAGAUUCAGAUGCCACUGGCCUUGUCACCUGCCUCAAGUCCUUUUAGUUUGUUAGGAUCAGUGUCAAAUGUGAUUCUCAACAAAGGGAAUGAUUCUUCAUUAUGACUUAUUGGAUCAAAUGUAGUAAUCAUUUGCUAGUGCAUUUUCUGCACAUUUGUUUUCUAAACGGCAACAGCAGGAAAACGUGGUUAAUGUUAGAGAAUAAUUUCAUAGCGGUCAAAAUGGUAUUGUCUAAUGAAAAGAUCUGUAUCAAAGGUGUUUCUUGACAGUUCCAUCACUUAAAACCGUGUACACUGGACACAUGCAAAUCAUUUUUCAGCAUGCAUUAUUGUUCAAGUUCCAAUUUUCCAGAUUAUAUUGA